AUGGCCAACUCGCCGUACGAUCAAUCGUCCGCUCAGGCAGCUCAGGUCCAAUCUUCGGACAGCGCAAAUACAGCUGAGUAUACAGCCAAUGGGCAGUGGACCAACCACUAUACCCAAAGUCAAUUCACAGAAGUCAACCGUGCUGUUCCAUCAAGCAACGGUAAUGCUCAAAGCCAAGCUCAGAGAUCAUACACUUCUCACUCGACUACCAAUACGGACUCGAUGACGCCAAUGGAUCGCUGGGCUGCCGAAACUCCUCAACAAGCUCCCUGGAAUGCAGUAGGAAGCUUUGCUACCUCAUCAAACGAUACCGGGUCCGGGUACUCAAACAACAAUGAUAAUCACCAACAGCAGGCUGGUGACGACUGGAGUAUCUGUGGAAACAAAUCAACUAGGUGA